AUGGUUGUUCUUUCUAAAUUUAAAGAAGGAUCAUCUUCUCCUAGUAACGAUUAUAAAUAUGAUGUGUUUUUAAGUUUUCGGGGUGUUGAUACUCGAUAUGGUUUCACUGAUCAUCUCCAUAAGGCCCUCCUUGAUGCCAAUAUCUCCAUCUUUUUCGAUGAUGAAGAGAUUGAAACUGGAGGAGAUCUGAAACCGGAAUUGGAGAGUGCAAUUAAAGCAUCUAGGGCUUCUAUUAUUGUGUUGUCCAAAAAUUAUGCUAAUUCUUCAUGGUGCCUUGAUGAAUUGGUAUUGAUCCUUGAGCAACGUAUGGCAUGCAACCAUAUUGUCGUCCCGAUUUUUUAUCAUGUCGAGCCCACCCAUAUUAAGAAGCAAGAAAGUACCUUUGGAGUUGCAAUGGCUGAGCACAAACACAAGAUGGUGGCAGAGAUAAAUGCAAAUAAAAGAAGUCAAUGGGGUCAAAAGAUUGACAGAUGGAUUCAAGCGCUUACCGAAGUUGCUGAUAUAAAAGGGGAGAACGCAAAUGGCAGGUAA